CCUCACGUCAACACAUUUUUUGGAAUUGUAACAUUCCAGAGUACAAGUAAAACCAUGUGAACUAUAAAUGAAAGUGAACACCGUCUUGUGUACCCUUUUCAUCAACCUCGUCAGAAAGGAUGUAGAAAUAUAUACGGCUCAGCUAGAAGUAAAUGCUUCCAAAAAGUAACAAUACCAUCCACACUAACAUGUCCAGCAUCCAGAUAGCAAUAGAUAGAGGUGGAACUUUUACCGACUGCAUAGGUAAUCCUGGAACAGGCAGGCAAGAGGAUGAUGUUCUCAUCAAAUUGCUCUCCGUCGAUCCUCAAAACUACUCCGACUCAAACUUGGAAGGUAUCAGAAGAUUACUUGAGAAAUUAACUGGUGAAAAGCAAGAUAGAGGUAGUAGUCUAGAUACUUCUAGGGUUGCAUACUUAAGACUUGGAACUACAGUGGCAACCAAUGCCCUAUUGGAGCGGAAGGGAUCAAGAUGCGCUUUGGUCACCACUAAGGGAUUCAGAGACAUCCUCAACAUUGGUAAUCAAUCAAGACCUAAAAUCUUUGAUUUAUCAUGUGCCAAAUCAGAUACUCUUUUUGAAACUGUUGUUGAAGUUGAUGAAAGAGUUACUUUGGAAGAUUACACUGAAGAUGCGAACAAAGGGUUCACUAAACCCAAUGGUAAAGAUCUCGUUGAGGGCUUAUCUUCAGAAACUGUGAGAAUCAUCAAGGCGCCAGACGUCGAAGAAAUCAAAUCAACCCUGCGAGUUUUGUAUGCAUCUGGAAUUCGUUCCAUUGCUGUUUGUCUAAUGCAUUCCUAUACUUUCCCAGAUCACGAGAAGAUUGUUGGUAAUAUUGCAAAAGAGAUUGGUUUUACUCAUAUUUCAUUGUCUUCUGUGUUGAGCCCGAUGAUAAAAUACGUUACUAGGGCUAACUCAGCUGUAGUUGAUGCCUAUUUGACUCCAGAAAUAAAAAAGUAUUUGGCAAGUUUCCAGGAAGGCUUGAUGAAUGGCCUUUACUCAGCAGAAAAUCCUAAUGGCGUUAAGUGUCAUUUCAUGCAGUCAGAUGGUGGGUUGGUUGAUGCCGGCUGCUUCACUGGGUUAAAGUCGAUUUUGUCUGGCCCCGCUGGUGGUGUUGUCGGCUAUUCUAAAACUUGCUUCAAUACUGACAACAAUAUUCCACUGAUCGGUUUUGAUAUGGGCGGUACAUCGACUGAUGUCUCAAGGUUCGGGGAAGGGAGAUUAGAUCAUGUGUUUGAAACUACUACUGCUGGUGUCACUAUUCAAUCUCCCCAAUUAGACAUAAAUACUGUUGCGGCUGGUGGUGGCUCAAUAUUGUCAUUCAAAAAUGGGUUGAUGCAUGUCGGCCCCGGAUCUGCUUCAUCCCAUCCUGGUCCAGCUUGUUAUAGGAAGGGAGGUCCAUUGACUGUGACUGACGCUAAUUUGAUUCUGGGAAGACUACUUCCUGAAUAUUUCCCAAAGAUUUUUGGUCCUAAUGAAGAUGAAGGUUUAGAUAUCGACAUCACUGAAAAAAAAUUCAAAGAACUGACUGAAGAAAUCAACCUAGCACAUCCUGAUUCUAUUCCAAUGAGUAUAUAUCAAGUUGCCCAAGGAUUUCUGGAAGUAGCCAAUGAAACUAUGGCAGGGCCUAUCAGACAAUUGACUGAAUCUAGAGGUCAUUCCCUCAAUAAGCACAGAUUGGUUUCUUUUGGUGGCGCAGGAGGUCAAAGUGCAUGUGCCAUUUCCCAAGCACUUGGAAUUGAUACGGUGUUAAUCCAUAGAUAUUCUUCUGUUCUUUCUGCUUACGGAAUGGCCUUGGCUGAUGUUGUUGAAGAUAUUCAAGAACCUGCAUCUUACGUUUUAAACACUGACAACAAAAAAGUUUUUAUGCAAAAGUUUGAUCACUUGAAGAACAGAGCAUUUGUUUCUUUGUCAAAUCAGGGUUUCGACGAAAAUAACGUUGAAUAUGAGCUCUAUCUGAAUAUGAGAUAUAUUGGUACUGAAUCUUCAAUCAUGGUAAGAAAAGGAAACUCGUGGGAUUUUGGAGAUCAUUUUCGUGAAUUGCAUGAAAAAGAAUUUGGCUUCUCAUUUGAGAAAGAUAUAGCUGUUGACAAUAUUAGAGUAAGAGCCAUUGGUAAAACCAAUAUCAGAGUUCAAGAAAACAUUGAUGAUCAAAUAAAUGCGCUUGAAAAUGACAAUUUAAUCAGAACCGUAGGUAAAGGUAAAGUCGAAUUUCUAAAAAUGUGUUUUUGGGACUCUCAGUUUCAAGAAACAAAAGUUUUUAGACUAGAAAAGUUGGAUAUUGGUACAAAAGUUGAUGGUCCUUCUAUUAUUGCAGAUGAUACUCAGACAAAUGUUGUCCCUCCUCAUUGUCAUGCCUUAAUUUUAAAAUCACAUAUUGUUGUGAAAAUUCAAAAAAAAAAUGGGCAUGGUAAUACUAAGCCAAUCAACAAUGGCAUCAAUCCAGUUAUGCUAUCAGUGUUUGGUCAUAGGUUUACAGAUAUUGCUGACCAGAUGGGUGUAUCUUUGCAAAAGACAUCAGUUUCGGUUAACGUUAAGGAAAGAUUGGAUUUUUCGUGUGCUUUAUUUGAUAGCAAUGGUAACCUUGUGGCAAAUGCUCCCCAUGUGCCUGUUCAUCUUGGCUCUAUGUCAACAUGUAUAAAAUCUCAGCUGAAAAUCCACAAAGGUAAACUCAAAGAAGGUGACGUCUUAAUAACUAACCAUCCAUCAACUGGCGGUACUCAUUUGCCGGAUAUAACGAUCAUCACUCCUGUGUUUCAAGAUGGUAAGAUGCUGUUUGUUACCGCUUCAAGGGCACACCAUGCAGAUAUUGGUGGUAUUCUACCUGGAUCGAUGCCACCUUCAUCGACAGAAUUGUGGCAAGAAGGUGCCGCUUUUUAUUCCGAACUGUUGGUAACUGAGGGUGAAUUUCAGAUUGACAUGCUUAAGAAAAUUUUGGUUGAUAUCCCUGCAAAAUACCCAGGCUGCUCUGGCACUAGAAGACUGUCUGAUAAUAUUUCAGAUGUCAAAGCUCAGAUAGCUGCCAACAGGAAGGGAAUUGCACUAAUCAGAGCAUUGAUUGCAGAAUUUGGAGUUGAAACUCUUUUAAUGUACAUGAAGGCUAUUCAAGACAACGCUGCUUCCACAGUUGCGAGGAUGCUAGAGAAAAUUGUCAACAGCCAUGAUGUUUUGAGUUGCAGAGAUUAUAUGGAUGAUGGCUCAUACAUUGACCUGGAGGUUUACAGGGAUCCGGAUGACAACAAGGUGGUAUUCGAUUUCGCAAAUUCUUCACCGCAGUCAUAUAAUAAUCUCAAUGCUCCUGUGGCAAUAACCUAUUCUGCCAUAAUUUAUGUUUUGAGAUGUAUGGUUAAUGAGGAUAUUCCAUUAAACCAAGGCUGUCUUGAACCUAUCAAAGUUAAGGUUGCAGAAAGGAGUAUACUUUCUCCAUCUGAAUUUUGCGCUGUGGUUGGUGGUAACGUUUGUACAUCCCAAAGAAUCACAGACACAAUAUUGAAGGCGUUCAAUCUGAUGGCAGACUCUCAAGGCUGCUGUAACAAUUUUACGUUCGGCAAGGGUGGCAAGAAUGAGGUAGGAGAAAACAACGAGGGUUUUGGUUAUUAUGAAACUAUAGCUGGUGGACACGGUGCUUCUUCAACAUGGAAUGGGGUAUCCGGGGUUCAUACAAACAUGACCAACACCAGAAUCACCGAUGCUGAGGUUUUUGAGAAAAGGUAUCCUGUUAUGUUGGCCGAGUUCUCAAUCAAUGCUGGCACUGGGGGUAAUGGUGAGUUCAAAGGUGGUGAUGGUGUUGUUAGAGAAGUUGAGUUCAGAGAGAAGGUUUGUGCCUCAAUUUUGUCGGAGAGAAGAGUUAUUGCGCCUCAUGGGGUCAACGGCGGAGAAGAUGGCAGAAGGGGGCUGAACUUGUGGAUCAGAAACAUCAAGGACUCCGACGGUAAUGUAGUGGGAAAAAACGUGGUGAAUAUUGGGGGAAGAAACUCGGUGAAUGUGGAUGUCGGCGACAGAAUUAGAAUCGAGACGCCGGGUGGAGGUGGGUUCGGAAAACGGAGACCUGACGGCCUGAAGAUUAACUCUUGCAUGAGCAAGCCUUUAAACAUGCUGCAUACCGGGUCUCUAGUCGGAAGACGGAAGCUGCAGUACGAGAACUAGCUCCCACUUCCCUAUCUGUAACUAAUCACUUAUAACUAGUAGUCCUUUGCAAGUGUACUACAACCUUAAGGACAUUUUCCCACGAAAAAUACCGGCCGUUUCUCUUUCCCCCCCGGUCUGCUCAAAAUUUUGGUCGGCGUGGCAUUUUCUUCCCGCCGGGAGAACUUUCCACCGGCCUUUUUUGCCGGCCCCCCUCGAUCUCGCUGGCCCAACCGAGGGAAACGAAUUUUCCCCCCGGAGAAAAAUUACUGGGGGAAGAAGGGAGGGUUGCCGCGGCGGUCAUGGGGAAAAAAUUCGAUGCGACGAACUAGGAAAAGGCAGACAUGUAUCGAGGAACUAUUUCAAGGUUGUGAAACGAGAAGAUUAGAUAAAGUGUUUGUACAUGUUGUCUAAUUACG